CGGCGGCAAAUCGCCAAAACACAGGAGCCGCGUCGGGUGAGACCUCUAGCGGAUACUCUGUUGUCAGCAAGGCUUAGAUCAGUGUUUUAUCGUGUCCCGGCGUUGUCGAUGUGCGUCGUUAAUGUUCGACCCUUCUUGCUGUUCGCUACUUCGUCUUUGGUCGAUUUUCUUGUCUGGAACAUCAUCGUGAAACCUGACUCAAGCAGAUCUGCUCACGGCGUCCAUGGGUGAACCUUCGAGCACCAUUGAGUAUUUGGUGUUGGCCUGCGAAGUUCCACCUGCAUCUUGUGUGGCACCGUGAAACUCGCCUGGACAAGAUUCUGGCGAGUUGGAAGUUGGCCGAUCCCUUACUUGGCCUGGAGCCGUGAAGACGCAGCAGCCACACGUAUGUCACCUGUGUGACUGACAGCAGAGUUGAUGGCACGAGCUGACCGUUUUAACAGAACCGGAUGGCCCUGCUGACAGCCCACUGACUCGAGAGGUUCAGUUGACAAUGCCAAAGCCAGAAGAAACAUCUAAACCGAAGAAAAUGCAACGAGUGUCAAGAGUGAUGACUAUCUUGCCCACACCUUCACCCACAGAAAAACUCGGGAAAAGGAGUGCUCCACCAAUCUCAAAAGUGAACUCAAACUUUCCAAAAGGUAGGAUUGUGACUCCUGUUGCAGCUGCGCCAGACAGCGGUGGAGGUAGUGUCUCCGAGGCAUUAUCAAAGAACUUUGCGCCAGUGGUUCCUGUAAAACUAUCGCAUAACCCAGCACCAAUGAUUCGUGUGAAUAAGCCUAGUACAUUGCAACACCCACUGGGUCAGUUGGAGGAAAACUUAGGCAGGCCAUCCACAUUGCUUGUGAAUAACGAAAGUAGCAUGCACUCCACUGCUGGCAGAAAUGAUGACACUAUUCUCGUUGUCAAGAAGAUGCAGAACGGCAUGACUGUCAUAACAGCACAACUGGCGAAAUCCGGCAGCAAGGGGCCAAACUGUGGCGGCAUGUCCCAGGAAUGUUCUCCCUGUCACGUAGAUAGAGCCUUGACUAAAGUGACAGCGAGCACCGUCAAGCUGACAUCUGGAAAUAAUUUUGUGAAGGUCACUGCAAAUGCUCCAAAAAUGGCGGUCACAGAGUCACACCUGUCCGCUGCAGCUAUCCCAACUGUAAAGUCACAAGGGAGCUCAAGACGAGAGCAGCAGUCAGGCAACCAGGAAAGUGGCUAAAUGCUCGACCUCAGUACAACAAAGCUGGCAUUCUCCUGCUGUCGUCCGUGUAACGCCGAUACAAGGCUCCACUACGGGCAAGACAGUUCUUGUGGUUCCACCUCAAGGAACAACGAUGCCUAUCAGUCCUGCUGUGAACAGAAGCGCUGUUUCACCCACUGCCUCUAGCAAGCCAGUGGAUGUGGGGAGGCCUGCAGGGAAGCAGGAAAGAGUUGCUGGAGGGGUGCAGGAUGUAAACGAAACAACACAGACCAUUGGGUAUGCAUCUGGACAACAGCAAGAGGAGGAUGGCUGCGGCAUUAAGAUUUCAGACGUCAUCAGCUUGGCUGGAAAAGGUCUGACUUUUCUGGAACUAGCAGUCCCACAAGAGACUGAAGAAGGAGAAUCACCUGAUGCCAGUAGUACAAAGUGUGGUGGUGAGAACUACAAAAAGCCUGAUACAAAUGGAGAUGGGGAAACCAACGCAAAACUUGAGAUGCCUCCACUCUCAUGCAUGCUUAGCGUGGGAGCAAAUGGGUCAGAUGGGGAUGUUAUCGAGCUGUGUUCAUUCCAAGCAAAGACAGGAAAUUCUGUUAUUGGAUCACAAAUUGUGUUCAAACCUGCACCUCAAGGCAACGCAAGCGGAAGCACUUGUCCAAGAUCUAAGGUAGAUAUGCUGAACAAGCUGAAGGAGGCCAUCAAGGCACUUGAAGAGCCUACACUUCAGGAUUGCAAUUUGUUUACUGAGAAAGAAAAGGGCUGGCUGGUAUCUCUAUUACAUCGGGUCGAAAAGGAUGCCCGGGUUUCAGAAGCAAGCAAGAGAGACCCUGAACAAUGUUCAAGUGGUCCGAAUGUGGUGGUUGAUAAAAUAAAAACAGAGCCUGGAGUUUCAACUGUCACCUUGCCUAUAACACCAUACCAGAGGGACCCUGAACAAGGUUCAAGUGGUGUGAACGUGGUGGAUGUUGGCAAGCUUCAAGAAAAGUCACUGGAAGUAGACAGAAACGUUAAAAUAAAAAGAGAGCACGGAAUUUCACCCGACACCUUGCCUCUAAAAGCAUACCAAGGGGUCCCUCAACAAGUUUCAAGCAAUUUCAACACAACAGAUGCAGAAAAGGUUCACCUCAAAUCAUCACAUGAUCAGAGCAGAGGAGUUAACACAAAAACAAAACCUGAAUCUCUGCACCGCUCAGUGCCCAGUGCCAAGAAUGAGGAUGCAACUGUGCAAAAAGAGAGUAUCGCUCAUAAACCUCUCCGUCGUAUCGUCAUCACUUCAGAUGAGCUUCCAUCGCUCAGCUCCGAUGAAGUGAAAAAUGGACUUGAGGCAUUCCUCGUUAAGAACAACAUAUCCAACAAUUUUUCCAAAGAUGAAAUUAUCAAGCUGCACUGGGAUGGAAAAGAUGUGAGCACAUUUCACUUUAGAGAUAUAGAUAGUGAGGAGCUGCAGCAGCCACCCACAGGGAUCGUAAAGACGAACAGGCCUUCUAUUCUCAGGCCUGUGAAGGUGCCUCAACCUGCAGGGGGCAUCGGCACUGAACCUUUUACAACUGCCACGGAGAUGAGCAGCAAGGAAACACUGUCUGAACCUGUGCUUUCUCAGGCUGAGAAAGUUGUGGAAGAGUUGAUGGUUCCCAUCGAUGGGUCUUCAGUGCCAGCCGGCUUUAAGGCAGUCAAGCUCAACUGUCGCACAGAUACUGGAGAGGUGCUGCAGUGUGUUGUCUUGAAGUCAAUAAAGCCCUAUUCAAUCACCUGUACUGCUACUAUAGUUGCUGCAGAAUCAGUCAAGCACUUGCUGUCUAAAACCAGCACUACGACCUCCAAUUCACUAAUCAAGCAACCAAAGCUCAUUGCUCUCUCAUCAGCACCAACAGCGGGUUGCCCUGGCAGCACCAUGCCUGUUACAGCGUCAAAAGUAGUUAGAGUCAAGCGCACACCUUCAGUGCCACUGGGGCCUCGGAGUUCACAGGCUGUUCUACCAGAAAGCGCAGUGCAUUUGCAGGCUGAUCUUGCACCUCCAAUAGCAUCAAAGCCCGAGUCCUCUGCUGAAGCUGACGAUGCAGAAAGGAUAUUUGAGCCAAAAAGCCUGCUUGAGGUGUACAACAAUACAUUGGAAGUUGCACCAUUAAAGAGAGCAGGACUGAAUGACGGCAGUUUGCCUGACACCUCCAGCACGAGCAGCACUGAUGCUAGUGGUGACUAUGUUCCACCAGUUGUAAAUAAAAAAAAGGAGCAUCCACAAGCACCAAAGCGCUUGCCCCCCAAAAAAUCGACUGUAUUACGGGAAUACAGAACACGCAGGCGAAAGAGGCAGUGCAGAAAACAAGACCCCCAGGUGGUAGCCCCAAGUGCCAAGCGCAAUGCAAGCAACAAGAAUGAUAAUGUAAAUGUGGCCAUGAUGUCGUCAAAAAACUGCAUUGACAGACCAUGUGUUGUGAGCAUGUAUCACCUGAAUGACCAAGUGCUUGCGAACGGCUUUGUGAACCUGACCACUGUCAAGCACGAGGAUCUCUUUCUGUUGGCAUCCAGCCCAGUGGUGAGGUUAUCGUCAGACAAGCUGGUCUCAGUGGUUGAACUGAAGCCCCGAGCGUCGGACACUUUGCAGCAGAGUGCAGAGGUGUCCAGCAUUACAGAUACAGACAAUUUGGAGCGGUUGCUUAAGGAACAGCAAAACGAACUGGUACAGCUGCGCAAGAAAUACAAAAAGCUAAGCCCUUAGCUGCCUUAGGUCUACCUUAAACAGACCAAAGUGUUUGUACAGGACAAUGAAGCUACAUCAGAUUUUUUUUAAUUUCCCCCAUACGGCAGUGUCGUAGACGAGCGCCAGCCAAGCUCAGUGUCUUAAUGAGUGACUCGGUGAGUUUAUAUUUAUGUUGAAAAGUAUUCCUGCAUUUUAUUUCAUUUUAGUGCACUAUUAGCACUAGUUUGCAAUAUACGUAACUGCUGUGUGCAGUGGUACAUUCAAUGUCACUCCCGCCAUUGUUUAAUAAAGCGUUCUGUCAUCU